GUUAAUAUUAUUUGUCUUAUUUUAUUCCUGUUCACUAGUCGUUGAUAACGGAGCUGGAACGUUCCCUUCAUUUAUCUAACAAAACCGGUUCGAUUUCACCGGUUUACCUUCCGCCGUAGAUAUCAGCCGCAAUGCACAUCCUCGACGCCGGAGUUCGAUUCUCCGCCGUUAAAUUUACUCCGGUAUCCAAUCCUUCCUCUUCUCCUCUCCGCAGACGAUACUUCAUCGUAAGAGCUAAUCUUCCGUUUCCGAAGCAUCAAGCUAAGUAUCAUAAAGAGCUUGAGGUCGCCAUUGAUGCUGUUGAUAGAGCUUGUCGUCUCUGUGUUGAUGUAAAAAAAUCGCUUUUUUCAUCUAAAGAGAAGAUUGUUGAGAAGAAUGAUCAAACUCCAGUUACAAUUGCUGAUUUUGGAGUGCAAGCUUUAAUCAGCUUAGAGCUAUCGAAACUGUUUCCUUCAAUACCUUUGGUGGCUGAAGAGGACUCCCAUUUCGUGCGUGCUAAUAACCUUGUAAGCGCUGUGGUAAGUGAAGUCAAAUCAAAAGCAAGCAUUGCAGACAAUGAGUUGUCUGAUGCUGAUGUACUAGAAGCAAUUGACAGAGGUGGAAAAGAUGCUUACGCCUUUUGCAACAAACCAGCUACUUAUUGGGUUUUGGAUCCAAUUGAUGGCACAAGGGGUUUUCUUAAAGGAGGUGAGGGUUUAUAUGUGGUAGGAUUGGCCCUUGUCGUAGAUAAUGAAAUUGUGCUGGGAGUAAUGGGCUGUCCAAACUGGCCAGGAGAUUUAUCGAAUCAAUCCACUGGAACCGUAAUGGUCUCGCAUAUUGGCUGUGGAACGUGGACCAAGGGGUUACAAAAUAUCUCUGGCAAAGUAAGCGGUGACUGGACAAGGUGUUUUGUUGAUGCCUCCGUUUUAGUGAGCAAAGCAAGGUUUUGUAUACAAGAAAGCCAAACCUGGGAAACACUUCCUCUCUCUGAUUUCUUCGCUGCAAAAACAGUUUCAGAUGACUUAGAGCAUAAUGAUAUCAUUCUGGUGCCGACAUGUCAUGGAAGUUUGUGCAAGUAUAUGAUGGUGGCUUCUGGCAGAACAGCAGUUUUCCUUCUCCGAGACAAAACUGAGCGAACGAUAAAGGCUUGGGAUCAUGCUGUUGGGGUGAUAUGUGUUCAUGAAGCCGGAGGAAAGGUAACAGAUUGGGAAGGAGAUGAAAUCAAUUUGGAGGAAGAUCAAUCUGAAAGAAGGCUGAUUUUCCCGGCAGGUGGUGUUAUAGCAAGCAACGGGAAUUUACAUAAUCACCUUCUUGAGAUGCUCUCUUCUGCUUCACCAGCUCUUUGAUUCACAGCUACAACUUUUAUACACCUGUGAAAUUAUUUACAUAUGGUCCUAAGAUUAUUCUUAUUCUUACACAGCAGAUUAUUUAUACUCUGAGUAGAGAGAGACAGGUUUUUAAAUUUUUCAAUAUAUUUAUACAUACAAGUUAAAAUUUUUAUCCA